AUGUCUCUGGGAGCGGUGCGAGGUGCCAGAACUGGAACACGACCCUUUUACUUCCUCGAUCCCCAAAGAGCGUUGGUUCCCACGAAGAACGCCAUCCUGAUCGAUCCAGUCGAGCUGGGAUUACCAUGGAUCUCAACGAUGAAGGGUUCUCCGCAGUGCAUUCACUGGCGAGAGGCCGAGGCUGCUGGCAUGGAGCUGAUCGAGGAAAUCCUUGCGGCGCGCGGAGCUGGAGCAGUUAUCCCGGAGAGGCUGAAGACCAAUGAUAAGAAACGUAAAAUGUUGGAGCUCGUGGAGACCGCGGUCACCAUCUGUAUCUAUCUCUACGCGGUCUCCGAUGCAACACGCAUCCGUGUGCUAACCAAGUCGAUUCUCUUCCUUUUCCUUCAUGACGAUGUUAUCGAAUCCACCGUCAACGCGGAAGGAAAUUCAAUUCUCGAAGGCUGGGACACAGAUACCUUUCAAGCCGACGAACUGGACGGCCCUUCGCGAAACGACCUCUUCCUGAAGUUCUGCCGUGAGACAAUUGCGCUAGACCCGGUUCUCGGGCUGGAAUUGAUGCAGGACACUGUCCGGUGGGCACGUUUCUCCCGGACCAACAGCUCCAAACCGGGCAAAGCUCACGGCUGCUGGCAAGAUUUUGUGGCCUUCCGCGAGCUCGAUAUUGCUUACGAGCAUCAGGACCGCCCCGUCUUCAAGUUGAUUGAACAACUGUAUGUUCGACAUUGUCUAUACGUCAACGACCUGUACUCCUACGAGAAGGAGUACCAUGAGUACCAGAAGGAGGGCGCACCGCUGCACAACUCGGUACAUGCGAUCGAGCAGGCACUGUCAGUGCCGCCCGUCUCGGCCAAGUCCAUCUUGCGCUCCAUCCUUUGGGACUGCGAGCGCCAGGUCCGUGAGGAGUAUGUGCGACUUAUGGCGCUGCCAGACUUUAGCGAGGAGCAGAAGACCUACCUGCAGCAUUUGAUCGAAAGUUUUGCCGGCAAUUACAUGUAUUCUUCGACGACCUACCGGUACGCACGCCUGUCGGGUAAGUUGAUCGAGCCGCCAAACAAGGAAUGCAUGCUUCGGGAUUUCAUCUGA